GACUUUCCCUUUGCAGUUAAACCUAAAUAUUUCCCUCUCCCAAUCCUAGUUCACUCCAACCCUCGCCAAAAUUCAUUUCCCAUUUCUCUCCUUUCUCUUAUCCUUUCCCUUUCUCCGUCCUGCUAUUCGCUCACUGUGUUCUCUAAAAUCAAGAGGCUAAAUCCAAACAUUACCGAUUUAGCAAUGGAAAAGUUGGAGGUUGUUGAGGAGAAAGAUUGAAAUUGAAGCAACUAGGAUUCAUAAGGAUGGCGGCGAUUCAAGCGCUGGUGUGCAUGUCAAAUCUAUACAAGUACAUGAAGCAGAACUCAAGGCCUUUGAGAUUGACUAUCAGUACUGUUGACGGUGCUAUCGCCAUCAUCGUCAAUCCGAUUUACGAGAAACUCAAAAUAGUUCCCGAUCAUCUCCUCGUUUUCCUUGAUGACAAGGUGUGAAUUUCUUUCUUUCCCUGUUCGGAUCAGAAGUUUUUGGAAUUUAAGCAUAAUUAUUAAUUUCUUGGCCAGGAAAUGUUUUACUUUGUUUGUUCAGUUUUUAGCUUUUUCUCUCUAGCUCCCAAACAUAAAUUUAGUAUGAUUCUGCAUUUUGCUUGUCAAUGAUUUAGUAUAUCUACUCAUGGUUUUUUCUUUUUCUUGUUUUUCAUGAUAGGUUUUGGUGGAUCUUUGGAUUUGGAGGCGAUGCUUGACUUCGUUGACUCUAGUCAUGACUUGAUUGUUGCAGCAGAUGCAUCGGCAUUUGAUUUGAUCAGAAACAUUACUGCCAAAUGUAGAGCCAAUUUCAAUGAGGUCAAUUUUGUUUUGCAGGAAUUUGUUUCCUUUUAUUAAUUUUGCUGGAUUUCUUCUUUGACGCAUAUUUGUUAUUACAUUGUAUAGUAUCCAAUGGCUAUGGUUAUUGAUCACAAAAGUUAUGCCAUUCACACAUUGAUACUGACCAGACACUAAUUUUCAGUGAUAAUUUCAUUCAAUCUGAUGUGAUUUUAGGAAAAAGUAAAAUCAAGGUAACCUUUUUCUUGAUAUGUACAUUUGCAUUGUACUUCAAAAAUAGAUUACAUUGAUAUUU